UAAAGGAACUCUGUAGGUCCAUAACUGCUCUCACUACCAAAGUUGUGUUAUCUACUAUUCAGGCGAAUACUGGUAUUCAUCCCAUUCACCAGGGUCGUUCUCGCCGCUCUCACCCAUCUUUCGGUAAAUUUACUGGAAGCCAGCACCUCCCUCUCCACCUUCCUCUCCCACUGGAACUUGAAGAAGUUGAUGAGGGAUUGGCCGAAGAGGAAAACAGCAUGUCAUGUUAACCUAAGACAACGCUAUAGAACACAGUCGUCACACCAUUUGUUACAUCAGAAAGGCAGCGGUAGAAAUGUGGGCGCUAGUUCACAUGUCGCGCAGUCGAUUUUGCCUUUAACCCUCCAGCGUUGAUAGAACAAACACGAAUUAUAUAUUGGGGUUUAUUCGAUCGACCAUACUUAUACGUUUGUGGUCUUAUGGCAUAGAAAGAAGUAAUCAAUAUCAUUAACAGUAGCACCGAAAAGUAAGAGGUAAGUUUCGAUUCCCCGAUGAAACCGAUUUUAUUUUAUUUACACUGCUAAUACCUUUUGAAGAAAGCGCGAACAUCACAACAACCCACCGUCCUUUCCCCCCACAAUAUAGAGCAUUGUGUCGAGUGGAAAAACCAACAAUAUAUAUAUAUUUAUAUAUAUAUAUACAUACACCAUUCUUGUGAAAUCCGUGAAAAAGACUAAUUUAAAUGAUUCAGCCGAUUGUACUUAACAAAAUUGUGCUUCAACCUAUUCAGAUGAAUUUAAUAAACUAACUCCUUUUGUCCAUACCAGACUGUGGGGUGGUGGAUAGAAGUGUGGAAAUCCAAGACAAAGACAUUUUUUUCACCUACGAUUGAACUCAACAUUUUGAUGUAUAUAUGAAGAAAUAUGGUUCGUGAAAACGAUCGGAUAAUAUAGCAAUGGAAAUAUCGAGUAUACAGAAAGAUUCAUAAAUAAUAUGAAUGAUUAUUAGUGUAAUUAAUACUAUAAUUAUAAUUACACAGACUUAGACAUUGAUAACAGGAAGAAUAUAUACGUAUACUGCCGAGUGAACGACUAGGAAUUGUACUGUUUUAUACACCAGUGGAUAGUAGCAGAAAAAUGAAGAAAUUCUAUAUGCUAAAGAAAAUGAUUUAGUUGUUGUGUUGGUCUAACAGCAACUAAUAUACAAGUGACAGCAGAAAUGAGUCAUAUGUAUGUAGAUACGUAUGGGCGGCUGGAAAAACUAGUGCCAUCUUCAACAGUCCGCUGUAGAGAAGAGAAGAUGGCGCUCCAGCGGAAGAAAGACGGUGGGCCUAAUGUGAAGUUUUUUGAGUCUGUUGAAACUAUUGCUAUGUUUGAUUCUGUUCGAACAUGGUUACACAAGAACUGUAAGAAGUCUAUUCAAGCAGAUCCUCCAACAAAUAAGAAUCUCUCCAAUUUGGUCAUACAGCUGCUGCAGUUCCAAGAAGAUGCAUUUGGUAAACAAGAAGUUAAUCCAGCUCUCACUAAACUUCCUAUGAAAUGUUUCCUUGACUUUAAACCAGGUGGGUCUCUGUGUCAUAUCUUUGCUGCUGUUUACAAAUAUAAAAGUGACCAAGGAUGGAGACGCUUCGACUUUCAGUCACCAUCUCGCGUUGACAGAAAUGUUGAAAUGUUUAUGCAAAUUGAGAAAUCACUUGUACAGAAUAAGUGCCUGAUUUUACCCAUCAUAUAUAUCCGACCUGAGGUUGAUAAAUGCCUUAUACCUAAAUUGAAAGACAUUAUCAAAAGGCACCAAGGAGCUAUAAGUGAUAACCCUGAAGAUGCCACCCACAUUGUACAUCCAUUAUCUGGCCAUACAGGUUUGGAUGAUGAGUGGUUCCGGCCUGUAAUGAAGAGAGAUCGCCAUUGUAUAGUUCACUGGUGGUUUUACCCUGAUAGCUAUGAUACCUGGGUGACUGAAGUCAACAUUGAACAAGACCCCGAAGCUCCCUAUUGUCCAAGCGGUCCCUGGGAAAUUAAUGCACGCUGGCUUCUUGAUCUUGAAGAAUUCAAUGAGUGGAUGAAUGAAGAAGAUUAUCUGAAUGAAGAUGAGAUGGAGGGCAGCAAUACUAGGAAGUCAAGACGUCGCAACAUUGUAAAACUCACUGUGGAUGAUAUUAAUCCUAGCAUGGACUCUGAGCGUAGGGACAAAAGGGGUGACAAAAAGGGCAAGAGGAAACGUUCUCCUUCCCCGGUCAUUGAAAAGAGACGUAAAAAGAGCAAUCGUGGACAAGCAGUGACCUCUGGUAAAAAGAAACCUUCUCGCGAAGAUGAAACUGAUGAUUUAACAAAGGAUAUGGAUGAUCCAACCCCUGAGCCCAAUAUCCAAGAAGUUUCCAUAUCAAAGCAGACUACCACAUCUAGAAACUCCAAAGAUAGUGAGCUGCAACCAAUUAAAGGUGGUACUUACAUUGAUCUUGAUGAAGAGCAGGGAGAUAAAGUGAAUUAUGAACGAGAAGAUAGUAAAGGCUCAUGUACCACAUCACCAGCACCUGAUGAAGCUGCAAAGAAAGAAAAGAAAGAAGAAUCUGAAGAUAAUGUUACAGAGCAGACACAUCAGAUCAUCAUUCCUAGCUAUGCUGCUUGGUUUGAUUAUAACAGUAUUCAUGCCAUAGAAAGACGUGCUCUUCCAGAGUUCUUUAACGGCAAAAACAAAUCUAAGAGUCCAGAAAUUUUUAUGGCCUAUCGUAAUUUUAUGAUCGAUACUUAUCGACUGAACCCUCAGGAAUAUCUUACCAGUACUGCAUGUCGACGUAACUUGGCCGGAGAUGUGUGUGCAAUUAUGAGAGUUCAUGCUUUCCUUGAGCAAUGGGGCCUUAUCAAUUAUCAAGUUGAUGCUGAUAAUAGACCGACACCCAUGGGACCUCCUCCAACUUCUCAUUUCCAUAUACUUGCUGAUACUCCAUCAGGACUGCAGCCAGUCAAUCCUGCCAAAACAGUUCAGCCGUCUGCUGCUCAGCAAAUUGUGAACUUCAAUGAUAAAAAUAAAGAAAAAGAUGCUGAUGACAAGAAGGAUAUAUCCAGCUUUGGAUUGAGAACUGACCUGUAUGCAAAGAAAGCAUUGAAGGAUAAAGGUGCAGCUACCAGAACUCGAGAAUGGACUGAUCAAGAAUUACUUCUUUUACUGGAAGCUAUGGAAAUGUAUAAAGAUGACUGGAACAAAGUAGCAGAACAUGUAGGCAGUCGCACGCAGGAUGAAUGUAUUCUGCAGUUUCUCAGAUUGCCUAUUGAAGACCCUUAUUUAGAAGAAGACUUUGGUAACAUGGGACCUUUGGCAUAUCAGCCAAUUCCAUUUUCACAGACUGGCAACCCAGUUAUGUCAACUGUUGCAUUCCUAGCCUCUGUUGUUGAUACAAGAGUUGCUUCAGCGGCAGCAAAAGCAGCUCUAACUGAAUUCAACAAAUUGAAAGAUGAAGUACCACCAGCUCUCACUAAUGCUCAUAUGAAAGUAGUUGAAGAAGCCAUCAAAGAAGGCAAGAAUGUUGAUGCCAAUUUUGGGUUAGACAGAAGUGGUAUUGCAGGCACAACUAAAGAAGAGACAGAUGCUGCUGAAGCAGAGGCACAAGCUGAUGCUCUGAAGCAAACAGAAGAAUCUGCUGUGAAGGAUGACCAUAAAAAAGAGAGAGGAACGACUGAAGAAUCUAUGGAAACUGAUGCUAAUGAAAAAAAAUCUGACAAAAAAGAUGAUGAAGAAUCUGGUCAACAAAGAGGUGGUCCUACAUCUGGAAGUGGUACAACAUUGGCUGCAGAUUCUGCUGAGAAGAUCGACAGUAGUGUUGCAAAACAGCAACAGUCAUGCCCAAAUGCUGGUGACGGGGAUGAUAAAAAUACCAACAAUGGGCUUACUGGUGAUGUUCACAGCAAGAAUGAUGUUGCUGCUAAAGUAGCUACGACCUUUGACCCUAAAGAAAAGGGCAAUGUUAUAACAGCUGCCGCUGCAGCACUUGCAGCUGCUGCAGUAAAAGCAAAGCAUCUGGCUGGAGUAGAGGAGCGUAAAAUCAAAAGCCUGGUUGCUUUGUUAGUUGAAACUCAAAUGAAGAAAUUAGAGAUCAAGUUAAGACAUUUUGAGGAACUUGAAGCAAUCAUGGAUCGAGAAAGAGAAGCAUUGGAAUAUCAACGUCAACAGUUACUCCAAGAACGUCAACAGUUUCAUAUGGACCAAAUAAGAGCUGCUGAAUAUCGUGCCCGACAAAUUGCUGCACAGCAACAUAUGAAUGAACAACGGCAGCAAAAUCAAGGAGCUACAGCAGCAGGGGACCAAGGUAACCAAGGGUCUGGAUCUUCUUCAAACCAGAACACAUCGUCAGCUUCCCAAAACCCUGCAUUAGCUGCUGCAGUUGGUCCUAAUUAUCCACUGCAUGGUUCCCCAAUGCCACCACAAGGUCCUCAAGUCCAUCAGCAUGUACCUCAUGGAUCACCUGCUCCACCUAAUCCAACCAGUCAAACACCAACUCCACAACCUACACAGCCAACACCACCUCAGUCAACACCAGCCGCUUUACCUUCGUCUUCUGCCAGUGUCACCCCAUCUGCUGGUCAGCAAGCCACUUUGGUACCUAAUACUAGCUUCAGCCAUACAACCAAUUUCAAUCCUGCGUCGGCCAACAAUAACAGCAACAACAACAGCAGCAGUAAUAGUAACAGUAGUACCAGUAGUAACUCACAGUCUCAUACAUUUCCUCCACAAACAUCAGGGAAUUCUCAAGGACAGUCACAGCCUGGUCAGUUCUCUCAGAGUGCCAGUGCGGCUGGCCCAGGGGCUGGACCAACACCUAUGAUUCCUCAGCAAAGUGGUCAACCAGCUGGAGGGGCACCACCUGUCUCUACACCUCACCAGUAUCCUCAGGGACCAAUGCCUCCAGGUCAGUCUCCAUAUAUUUCUCAUAGUGGUCCACAAGGCCAGGGUCCAUUUCCUCAACAAGGACCUCCUAAUGCUUCUCAGAGCCAUCCAUUAAUGCCACAACAAGGAUCAGCAAAUACAGGCAACCAACCACCCCAUCCAUAUCCUCCACAACAGGCUAGUCAUACUCAACCGUAUACCCAUACCGGUCAUAGCCAUCCUCACUAUUCUCCACAGCCUGCAGGUAAUACAGGUGGUUAUCCACCAUCAACACAAGCUUCACAGCCACACUAUCCUCAACAGGGUCCUCCACAACAAGGAGGUCAGUAUCCUCCAUACCAUCACCAGGGACCUGCACAACAGAGUCAACACUUCCACCAAGGCCAUCCUCCACAACAAUAUCCACAAGGCUCUUAUUCGCAACAAAAUUACCCUGGAGCGCCACCUGGACAAAACACACAUCCUUACACUCAUGGAUCUGGAAGCCCAUACUCCACUCAAGGUCAUGGUAUGCCUCCACAAGGAACACCAAUACCACCAACUGGACGACAAAUGGCUACAUCAGGUACCCCAGGCGCUGCUACUGCAACAGAUGUUGCUGAUAGUAUGGUGGUCCAAUCUCCUGCUACACCUUCACCUAAACCAUAGAUCUUUAAGCCACACAGUGUUUUCUUUUCGCUCACCUUUUCUCUUUCCAAUCACCUUAGCUUCAUCAUACCACUGUUUUAUUUCUAGAUAUACACUUAUAGUUACUGUCAGCCAUACUAUUAAAAGUUAUGGAACAGCUCUGUUUUGUUAGGAAACUGAUCUAUUUUACUGUCACAGCCAUUCUUCCUACAAGUAGUAGUAAUGAUAUUACUGCUAUUCAUCAUCAUCAUUAUUAUCAUCUUCACUACCAUUAUUAUUAUUAUCAUCAUCAUAAUAUCAUCUGUUUCAUCAUCGUGUCACUCUACUUCUUUCUCUAACAGCUCUGUUUUUCCCAAUACAUCAGUGAUAUCACCUGGAUCACACUGUUUACCCACAGCUGGACUUGUUCACCUCAAUGUCUUGCUGCUGUUUUCAACAGUCAUUAUAAUUUCUCUUAUAAAUUCAUUAUCUAGUGAAAGAACAAAUCAGUCAUCUCAAUCACAUCAUUGUUCAUUUUUUUGUUCCUUUCUUACAUCAACCUGUAUCUAUCUUCCAACACAAUUAACUUACUCUCUUAAUUAACCAUCUUCCUCUUUUGUUUUCAUCUAUUGGUUUUUUUUUUUUAAUUUCAGCUAAAUGUUUACAGAAACAUUUCAGAAAUGUUAAGUGAAUAUUUUCUAGUUAUCACAUUUUGGCCAAUAUUUCAGUCACCUGUAGUUCAUAGAACUUCCAGCAAUAAAAGAUGUCAUCUUUUUAUUAUAUAUUAAACAAAAAAAAAAAAAA